AUGAAGCUCUCAAAGCCAGCCCUCCAGCUUUUGGCGCUUUGCAGCUUGCUGCAGGUGCUGACUUCAACUACUGACCCUACGACCACACUGGAGGCAACCACAACAGCCCUGUCCGAAGUGCUCACCACGUCCUUCGCUUCCACUACGGUCGAGCCUACUACAACAGCUGCUGAAGCCUCCACUACCACAACGUCUAUAUCUCAAGCUCCAAUUAACCUCAUCAUCAACGGUGGAUUUGAGGAUGUGGCGGAUAGGUCGUCAUGGAAGAAGGUCACUCCAGACGGAGACCUACUCGCCGUCAACAAUCUCGUCCAUUCAGGCAACAAAGCUGGUUACUUCAAUGGAGAAGCACCAUCAUCGGUCGAGGCCAGUAUGGGCAUAAAGCAGGACAUAUCCGCAUCAACUCUCGAAGCUGGGAAAUUGUACAAACUAUCAGCCUGGUACAUGCUCCCACAAUCAGGAUGCUUCGGCCUAUUCUUAGCUUGUGGCUACGGAGAGUCAACAUUCGCGCUCAAGACCGAGCUGACGCCGUAUACUAUGACCUACUCUCAGGCAGAGAGGACUUGUUCUUGGACGCAGGACGAGUUGAAUAGAGGGCCUAACGUCCAGGUUGUUGGAGAUUGCUUCCGGGUUCAGUUCUUCCUUGAUGAUGUUGUUUUGGAAGAGGUUGUCUAG